CGGGAAAUAAAUCAUUGAGGUGUACAUAUGUGUAUUUUUUUUUCUCCAAUGAAGGAGUAACAGGUGAUAGGUACGGAAUGUGAAGUUCAUCUUCCGUAAAAUUGAGGUCAUUGAAGGCAUACCUGUCGUUUAAUAUAAUCUACCUGACGAAUCAUGGCGUCGGGCGGUAACUUAAAAAGGAAAUUAAACAUACAGGAACCGCUCAGAACCAUUACUCGACAGUCAUAUAUAGCGAAAAGAAGGAAAAUUAUCAACAAUAAGCUUCCUAAGAAAGAGAUCGACAGAGUGUACAAAUGCAUUUAUGCAACUAUUUAUGGACAUGCUGUUGGUGAUGCAUUAGGUCUUCUUACAGAAUCACUUACCAAAGAAGAUGCUAAAAAGAAUUAUGGCUGUGUAUCAGAUGAACUAGAAUUGGUGUGCAAACGAAUGGUAGUGGACCGGCAUCGUGAACAAUGGGAAGUUGGUGACUGGACAGAUGAUACAGACAUGCUCAUUGUUCUCAUUAAAUGUUUGGUGGAAAAUAUGGGUCAGAUUCCUUCUGUUAAUUUUGCUAAGAUGAUGAUGGAAUGGUCAGAAUCUGGGUUCCCUGAAUUAGGAGACAAAGUGGCAAAAGGCCUUUGUCCUCAUUUCAAGUCUGUGAUCAACCACCCACAAUUUUCAGAACAGCCAGAAAAAGCAGCAGAAAUAGUGUGGCGAAUGAAAGGCAAUUAUGUAGCCAGUAAUGCAAUUUUAGCAUUUUCUCCUAUUCUUGGAAUUCAUUAUUACAAUAUUCUUGGAAAAGUUAUCAAGAACACGUUGCUUGUAUGUGAUAUUUUAAUACCAGAUUCAAGGUGUCAAGCAGGGGGUGUUGCUCUGUCGGUAACAUUAGCCAUGUUGAUUCAGCGAGAUCCAAAACAUCUGAAAAAGUCUGGAGAAUAUAAUAUUAAUGCCAUCAUCUCUGAUGCUUUCGAUUAUGCAUCAAAAUUACUCUCACUUGAUGCAGAGGUUCGUGAGUUGCAAUCUUACAUGUACAACUCAUCUUUGAAACAACUACAAUUAAACGAACCUGGCAAAACCCGGUAUAUUUUUAAAACAGUUGGUGUUGCCAUGUGGGCACUGAAGCAGAAGGACUUCCGUAAAGCACUACAGGAGAUAGUAAUGGAGGGAGGAGAUGCUGAUGCGAAUGCUGCUGCAGCUGGAGCUGUUCUUGGAUGUAAAAUGGGCCUCGAUGCCAUUCCGAAUUCAUGGGUUGACAGUCUGCUGCACAGAACAUGGCUUGAUUCAAUUUUAGAUGAGUACUUGCAUGUGUUAGAAGGCGGUGGUCCCAGAGUUAAGUAUGAGAGUGUAGUUUGACAACCCUGAAGCACUUGAAAAUUGACUGUGAUCUACUAUUUAUUUUACUGAACUCUAUCUUUGACACACUGCUGAGCUCAUAUGAGAUUAAAUAUAUUGCUAGCACUGCUUCAGUUUUCAUCAUAAGAAAUUGAAGAAUGGCUGCAAAUUUUAAUACAAGUAACUUAAUAUUUUCCUACAUAAUGAAAAAUGAAUGUUUUGAAAUUUUUUAUUAUUAUUUUGGAAUGUCUUAACAGGAUGUAUGUUAUAAGAAACAAAUUUAUUUCUUCAAAGAGAAAAAAAAAAGUGUUUUGUAAAAGAAAAAAAAAGUCAAGUGAAAAUUAUUUUGUAUUCAAAAAAAUUUAAUUUGGUAGAAAACUGUAAUAUUUGGAGUAAACUUUAAUAAAUAUAUAUAUAUUAACUGUUUUAGAACUGCAGUCUAGAUAUCAUCAUCAUCAUCAUUUAAUAUCUGCUUUCUCAUUCUUGCAUGGGUUGAACAGGUCUUCUCCAACACAGCAUCAUGCCAUUUGUUGUAUUGCUUUGUUACAUCUUCUGUAAUGUUCAACAUCCUGAGAUCAGCUGUCAUUGUUUCUGACUAUGUCUUCUUUGCUCAUGCUCACUAAUAUCAUCAUCCAACAGAACAGGUUUGCUUCAUAUCUCCCUAGAACUUCUCACAUCCCCCUCAUUCAGUGCCCUUGUCUCACUAUCAUGCAAGCAUCCUACUAUCUACUCUUCAUUGGCAGAGAGAAUCCCCUUUGAUAUUCUGAGAGGAAAGACCCGGUGGAGUCAUCAUUAUCAUCAUUAUCAUCAUCAUCAUUGUUUAACGUCCGCUUUCCAUGCUAGCAUAGGUUAGACGAUUUUGACUGAGAUCUGGCAAAC